GGACGGGCUGGCCCUGCUGAGGCAGCCACGACCGCGGGUGGGCGGCGGGAGGCCGGCCCUGCCCGGCGCUGGGGGGAGCAGCCUCGGCGCGGGGCGGAAGCAAGCGCUGGCUCCUCCCCGCGGCGCCCGGGAGACCGGCGGCGGCGGGAGCGGCAUGGCGGAGCCGCGGGCGGGCCCCGGCGGGUCCUGACCAGUUUGCUGGAUGCUGCUCAGGGUGUGCUGUUUUCUACCUGUGUAAAUGGCACCUGCUGUCAGCCUUCAGCAUGGCCAAAAUCCAGUGCCCACCUCGUGCCCUCCCUCCAGUGCCAAGUGGAAACCAAGAUGAAAUUCCACUCAGUCGUCCCAAAAAAAGGAAGCCCAAAGGAAAGACUCCGUUAGAUGGCAUCGUCCAAGCAGCUGUUCGUCGGCAGUCUGAAAGCAGUGAGCCCCUAACUCCUGAACCUCAUGACGUCCCUCCUCAGAGGAAACGCAAGAAGAAGAAAAUACCAACCGAUUCUGAGACCUCUUUUACCCAGCACAAUGUUGCACCCUUAUUUCAGAAUGGAAAUGGCAUGGAUGUUCCUGAAGCUGAAGAAGCAGUGAUCCGCAAACAGAGAAGAAGAACAAAGAAACCUCGGCCAGCCGAAACGCACUGUGCCAAUGAGCUGGAAGUGGAGGAGGAGGACAUCAUUGAAGAUGAGCACAGAAAGAGCCCAGAUCAGCAGCCUGUGUUUGCUGCUCCCACUGGAAUUAGCCAGCCUGUUAGCAAAGUGUUUGUUGAAAAAAAUCGGCGUUUUCAGGCAGCUGACCGUGCAGAAUUGAUUAAAACCACUGAAAAUAUCAAUGUCCUUAUGGAUGUGAAGCCUUCGUGGACUACGAGAGAUGUCGCCCUCUCAGUGCACCGAAGUUUCAGGGUGAUUGGACUCUUUACCCAUGGCUUCCUUGCUGGGUAUGCUGUAUGGAACAUCAUUGUUAUCUACAUUUUGGCAGGAAAUCAACUUUCCAUGGUUUCUAACCUGCUCCAGCAGUAUAAAACACUAGCAUACCCAGCUCAAAGUUUGUUCUAUUUGUUGCUGUCUAUCAGUACAGUCUCAGCCUUUGACAGGAUUGAUUUGGCGAAAGCAUCAGUUGCACUGAGGGGCUUUCUUACCUUAGACCCAGCAGCAGUAGCCUCUUUCUUGUACUUUGCUGCCCUUAUAUUAUCCUUAAGCCAGCAGAUGACAUGUGACAGAAUAAAUCUCUACACACCACCUUCGGAAAAUGGCAGCAUCUGGACGGCAGGUACAGAGGAAGAAAUUGUUCAGCCAUGGAUUGUGGUGAAUCUGGUAAUGUCUAUUCUAGUUGGGGCAAGUUGGAUCUUCUUGUCUUAUCGACCAGAGCUAGACCACAGUGAAGAACUGAUGUUUCAUGCUGAAAUUGAGGAAUUUGCCCAGGGAGAUAUCAUACCCAGAGUCCAGCCAUAGAAUGGAACAAUCAUCUGCAAAUAUUGUAGCUGUGACUGAUGGCUCAACAUGUUGUGUAUUAUAGCCAUGUAUUAUAACUUUCUUAAGGAAAAAAAAAGUAUUUUUGUAUUGUAUAUAUUUUAUUUUGAUCUUUUUAUGUAUGCUACACUUUCCAAAUGUGAUUGAGCACUUUUAUACUUUCGCUUUUUAUUUUACAAAGUAGAUUAGUGCAUAAAGUCAAGGUGGUUUUGCAAACAUUGCUACCUAUAUAGCCAAAUAAACGAGAUGGAUGGAGAAGAUCAGCUAUUCAGUGCUUUUUUGACUGCUGUAGAACAACCUGCUUUUGUUACUGAUGUUGAUGGCAGUUGGCUUACCUGAUUUGCCUAAAUAUUCUCUAGAGAUGAAAACUAAUCUUAUGAAGAAAGCAGUCUAAGGAAGAUGAUAACAAAACAGAGUUAGCAAACAUAAAAAUGACACAGUUAGCAAGUGUAAAAUAAUCUGGGUUUAGUUGUCUAAAAAGUAUUUGCUAGAAUAAGGAAUUGGAUUGUCAGGGAUUUUGUUUGAUAAUUCCUUAAAAGAACACACUUUAUUUCUCUUCAUCUUCAUUUACUCUUGACAAAGAUCUUGAUGAUAACAAGUUCUUUCAAGUUAAUGUAGAUACAAGAAAGAGAAGUUUUAAUGUUGCAACAGUUUGGUCAGCUAAUGAAUACCUAAAUAUAUCUUUUAAUCAAGCAGGGUGUUUUUGGGUUGCCAACAGGACAUAUGUAUGUCCUGUAAUUUCUCGACAGUCAGGAUGCAUAACUAUUACAACGUCAUUUGCAGGAAUAGUGUUCUGACUUCUUAUCUUUUACAGCAAGAGCAGUAGUGUUAUUCACUGCUCUUUCUAAAGAAACCUGGGCUUCACAGAUGUUAAAAAUGUUCCUACUUCUGCCUAUGUUGAUGAAGAAUGAUUUCUCCCAAAAGGAUUCUUGUUGUUUCGUGUUAGGAUGGAAUGGGAAACCUCAUCCAAAAAUUAAAAGAAAAUGCUUACUAAAGCAAAGCAAAAACCCUAUAGCAACCCACCUGCUACAUAGUGAUGUAGUAGUACUAGUGUUUUUGGAUUAUAAAACCAACAUUCUUUUGCUAUUAUAUUAAAGUAGCAAAAUGAAAGCAUUCCAGAUGUGCAUAAAUACAGAUGUCUUGCAGGGUGAAACAGUCUCCUUAGCAGAUAUAGACAAGAGCUAGUUUGAAAUCCAUUUCUCAAGGAAGUGUCAACUAAAGCCCCAAAACUAUUUGUGUAUGAUAUUUACUAUGUAUUGAUUUUGCAUCUUUUUUUUUUAAAUGUGUGUGUCUAAGUGUGGCUGUGACAGUUGUGCGGUUGUCAAAGAAAGUUCACUGGAGGCUUACUGUACUUUCUGGUAGGGAAAUACGACUUAAAGUGGGAUGGAUGUUAAAGAGAUAGUAACUUUCUCUGCUGUUGCCUGAGUUGCUUUAAAACAAGGAUGGGAUCAUGAAUAACUAGGGCUGCUGCCACCCUGUUGAGGACUUAAAUUCUGUUAUGCUUAUUCCACAAGUUUAAGUAAUUCAAAAAUUAAGUGUUCAUGACAUUUUUUUAAUGUUGUGGUAAUCUUGGAGGGCAAAAAAAAGUUCUACCAGAAUUGGAAGACUUUCCACAGCUGUUGGCUGUGGUCUAGGGCAUUCACUUUGUUGUGGGAAGGAGCUGAUAACCUUUUCUAUAAAUUGUAAUGGUUCUUGUGUAUGCUUUUUUGCACUGUAGAGCUAAGUUACGGCUGGCACUCCAUUGUACAGAGGUUCUUGUCUUAAUUUGACUGUAGGAGAUGGGGGAUGAGGCACUAUGUAGUGUUCCCAUGUGAGUUGCCACCACACUUUCUCCAGAUGCGGUGCGUUUGAUUUAUAGAAUUGUUGAGCUCCUGAAGAUGAGAUUAAUAAUGGCUUCUCUUUGCUGUUUGACAUUUCUCUCAUCUUAAAAUGCUACAAAGUAUAAUGUUGCCCAUCAAGUAUGGAGCUCAGGCACAACAGUGCUAAGGCAUCAGAUCAGUACAGGAAAAUCUUGAGUAACAUCAUUGCUUGGUUGCUGAUACUAUUACUAGGAACUGGCCUUCCAAGUAUCCGUUGGACAUAGUGAUGCUAGCCAUAGUCAGAUUUGUUCUCACUGUCAAAUACAGUAGUUUGUUCAGAUGGUUGAGCAGAAGUUAAGUUAAUGAACUUCAUGGGAUCAGUAUUUCAAACCAGACUUGCCUUUCCAGUCUAUAUUUUUGGGAGCGUCUAAGUGUUUACGUACUUGAAUUCAUGAGGUUUGAGGUCUGCCAUUUGAAAUCACACUUAAUAAACAAUUUGAUGGUUAAUUAUCUAUUUUACAAAGUACUUUUCAUUCCAUUAAGCCUCACAAUGUAAUAUGAGUUGAUCUGAGCUUUUUUUGUUUAGUUACUGGGAAAGUUUUAGAACAAGUUUACAAAAUAGAUGUUUGAUUACAGAACAUGCAAUAUCUGUAGAAGCCUUAACUGAAAUGCCUUUGUGUGUUUCCAUACCAUUGCUUUUAAUGCAGUAUUUUUGUGUUAAUGAGAAAAUUACAAAGAUGUUAGUGCCAAUUUCUUGGGUUUACAUAUAUGGAACAAUUAAACAACUACUCUAAACUAGUUAGAAAUUAUUGUACUGGUUUGUCCUGUUUCCAAAUGAUUAGUCUGUUUAUUAUGUAUAAUAUACAAGCUCUGAACCAGGUGACUAUGGGAGAACAUUUUUUCUUUAGUUGUGGUAGUGUUGUAAAUAGUGGCUUUGCUUUCUCUCAGUCAGAUUUCUGCUGCUCUACUGGUCAUUUGUGCAAUCAGAAAUGGUACUGUAGAGUCCUGAAAGCUAGCAAGUGAAGUGUAUUUAAUCAGCUAAUGGGGUUUAUUUAUCCUAAAAAGAAUAUUAAGUGGGCAAUCUGAUUGCUGCCUUUAACCACUUAAUGUGUGGUUACAAACAAGAGGAGAGUCAGAUUCUUUUCAAGCUGCGCAGUGACAGGAUGAGCAGAAACAGUUGCAGGCAGCAUCAGGAAAACUGUUAGCUGCCACAGGAGUUUUGACACAAUUUGGGAUGUGGGGCCCAGAGGGACUGUGGGAGCUCCAUCCCUGGGGCUGCUCCGGACUUGGGUGGACAGAGCCCUGUGCAGCCUGAGCAAGGGUUGGACCAGAUGGGCCUCCAGAGUCCCUUCUAAGCUAAAUUGUACUUACUUUGCUUCUUAAAAGGCAGUCAUUUAAAAUUAGGUUUAAUUCCAGUUGUUUGUGCUUUUCAGUGUUAUUCUCUCAACUUGGCUUUCUCUACAUGAAGCCAGGUGGCAUUAAUUUGAAAAGUAAGUGUCUUUUAAUUUGAAAAGUAAGUGGUUUUGGGUUUUUUUUUGUAUUGCUAAGGCAAACUUCAGGAGGGUAAUGGUUAGGUCAGAAUUAUUAAUUUGAGUAUUUGCAGCAGAAUUCAUUUAAAUUACUGAAGGCUUUGGGAGAAUAGAGUAAAUAAUCAGGUGUGUCUUUAUUGCUAAGCCUUUCCUUUCUCUUCCUUUUUCCUCAUAGUGGUGUGGAAGAUACUGUUGUAUUCCUCAGUGCAGCUGCGCUUGAGAUUGGUCUGUAAGUCAAUACACUUAGAUAAAGUCUCUUUUUUUCCUGGG